GUUUGUUUUGAAAGUUAAAGUGCCUUCAUUUCUUUUAAGUUGCAAAUUGAAAUUCGUUUAUUUCUGUGAAGUUGAGUGCAUAAGUUUUGAAAUGCCGUUUUGUUCAGUUAAAUCGUGUGAUAUUUCAUCAUACAAGAUACGGAAAGAAAAACUGACAGGGAGUAUACAUAGUUUUCCGCGGCAUGAGCCAAUCCGAAAGAAGUGGGCUCAGUUUUGUGGGUUGCCGUUGUCAACUGAUGCGAAGUUUGUGUGUUCGCAGCACUUCAAACCAGAAGACUUCGAAUGCCGGUAUCUUGUCGGUCAACGACCGUGUCUAGUUAAAAACGCCGUUCCAACUAUCCGUACGUCAGCUGAUGGAGAUCCGUCUGAUAGAAGUCUGCGAGGUAAACGUAAGGCACAGGCGGAACUGAUAGUCGAGUUAUUAUACUCAGAAUCUUCAAAAAGUCACGAAACACUGACUUCACAUUCACCAGUAUUGGACAACCGCAGCGAUAAAAAAACCAACAAAUUGGUAGUUAACAUUGUAGAAGAUGCUGUAGUACCAAUGGAUAAAAUCGUUCACUGCGCCCAGCGUGUGAGUCAAGUUUUGGACAUCGCUUCACAACAACGUACAGUACUUCAGGAAACCAUUUUUGAUCUGAGAAAUACCAUCCGAAAUUUACAAUUGAAGCUCAGCGAAAGAGACUCAGAAAUACAAAAAUUGCAAUGUUCAAACAUGGAUAAAGAUAGUCAGAUUUCCGAUCUGACUAGCAGAAUAGAAACCCUUCGAAAUUCAAUAGAAGACGUCCGUUCAGUUGCGCAAAGUCACGUAAAUAAUAAACUUCGUUCUGCCUUCCAAACACUUUUCUCUGUAAAUCAAACCGACUUAAUUUUGGGAGAAAAGAAAAAAGUUGUAUGGACGGCGGAAGAAAUAGCUUUGGCGUUCUCAAUAAGGUCUUUUAGCUGUAAAAAUGAAUUUAGAUAAGUUGAAGUAGUCUCUUGGUGCCAAAUUGCAUGGUGCCUUGGUGCCAUUUUGCAUACUGUAGUAAAUAGAUUUGAAACAACAGCAAAAAUAUUCUCAUUUAGCUAUUUUUUCAGCUUUAAAAGCCUAUCGUUAUAUCUUUAUAUUUCCACGCCUUACACCAUGAACUGUCGACACAAUUGAUACAAAAAUAAAGCUUUUUUUCCCCAAUGGUAUUGUUAAAAUAAGCGAUUGUACUUUCAACAUGA